AAUAUUGUUUAAAUUUUACAAAAAGCACCGCUAAUACCCUCAUCUAUCUUUGGUUUUUAAUCUUUUAUUUUAUCGUCACAGACAGACCCGCACACAAAUCAGUAGCAAAGCCUCCCAUCAUCUUCAACGGAUCCGAUCCGCCUCUUGUUUAAUCCUCAAGAAAAUGGCAGAGACAGGUGACUCUGUUUUUGGGAGUUUAAAAGAGUUUGUGAGUGAUAGAUUUUGGUUUGUGGAGAAAUAUCAUAAGUUUAUUGAUGGCCGGCACAAGCCUCUUUCUUGGUCUGAUUCUGAUGUCGAUGCGUUUAUCGCAUGUGAUCCUGUUCAUGGCCCAGCUUUAAAGUCUGCUCGGGAAGUUACAAAAUUUGCUGCUGUAGGAAGUGUCCUUGGAGCAGCUAACCUCGCAGGCAUUGCUUGGAAAUAUUCAAAAAGUCCUCAUGGUACUGCACUAUCCUUGGCAGCCGGAGCUGUCUUCGGUUGGACAUUUGGGCAUGAAAUUGGAAAUCACUACCAUCAACUUUACAGGAUGGAUAGCAUGGGUGCACAAGUUAAGUUUUUGGAAUGGGUGGAGAGCAAGAAAGGAGUGUCCUCGUAGAGUUUCACAUGGAUUUUCAGGGAAACUCACAUUAGGAGAAUAACAGCCUGAAGUGUUUGGUAGUUCUUAAGCUAUUAAUAAAGUUAUAUGACACAGUUAGCCAUUUGCACCUCCAUAUAUAUGAAUGCAUGGUUUCUACUUAUUGCUGUAUUGCAGAAAUGUUGUGAAUGAAUCUUGUCUUUUGUUAUAUUUUUCUAAACAUUUACAAGGUAACUUCUAUU